AUGCCUAAACCCAAGCCAAAGCACAAUAAGGGCAAGGGCAAGAAGAAGCCCGGCCGAGGCUCCAAGCACACUCAGACUCCUAACCCACCAGAUAACAACCAGGGUCGUGAUCCCGUUUAUAACGAUGUGGCUAGUCAGGCUGGCAGUGUCACUGAACCUCCCAAUGUUACGGAAGUGACUGUUAUUCAGGGCUAUGAGCAAUUUGCUUUGACUCACCGGGGCAAGAGCAACAGCUCCAACAUUGCCACACCUUCUAUUGUCAUCGCAGACUCUACAGAUGAUGUAGGCUCACCUAACACGGGAGCGUCAAGCCAUGACGAGGAGGAUAGUUUCAUGACUCAGCCGAAACAGGAAUCGAGUCCUUCCACACCAGGCGGGAACGACAGAAGCUCUUCCACAGUGAAUCAGAUGAACGAUGAUACCGAGGCCUUUAAUGAGCCGAGUCAGUCCGCCGAGUGCCAGUCACAGGUUUCAAGUUCGCAUUCCCGGCUCCGUCAGGCCCAGGACCACCACAGCAGCCUCGCGGAACCAGACUCCUCCAAGGGCCGCGCUAUUAAUGCUCAGCCUAUCGAAUCCAUGACGUCUCUUUCCACGAAGAAACCCGCGGGGCAUGGUGCCGAUAGAGAUGGCAUUGGUGGGGCCAGUAAUCCUGACAUCGUCGGCGAAGGUCAAGACGGUGAUCAAGAGAUGACUAUGGAUAUUCCUCUCAACUGGCUGACGGGAACCUCCCACACUGGGAGCCUGUUCUAUGCAAAACACUGCAGAAAGACAGCUUUUCCGGAUUCUCUCUGCACCUUGUGUUUGCGCCGGGGAGGCUCCUUCUGUGCGAGUUGCAAAGCAAGAUAUUGCGGCGACACCUGCCGCAGAUCUGACUGGCGCGUUCACAAAGGUGUGUGCAGCCAGUUUAAGUCCCUCGGUCCCAACGACCGACCUUCUGACGAGCACUUCCUCGCAAUGGUGCUUCCGACGGCAAAGACGACACCCGAUUUAGUAUGGUGCCGAAUGAUAGAGGACUGUCACAAGCUCGAGAUCUCACAUCCCGAUAUCCUGGAUCUGGCCGGCGACGGCGACGGAGGCCAACCCAUCAUUGGAAAUACAACACAUGUGAACAACAGCAAGGGGACAGGUGGAGCCUUUCUUGGGCAUGGGUUGGCGAUGGUUGAUGUAUUUGGCUUGAAGUCUUCAAUGCACAGGGGUCUUGUGAACAUCAAUAGUUGUAUUCAUGCCUUGACCGCCCCUGGCGCCCUCAGGUUUCACAUGGGGCCGUGGGUCGUCUUCGCCUUUGAGCCGGACGACACUGGAAAGCCAAAGAAAGGCAUUGAUGUUGUUCCGAGAGACUGGCGACAUAUCGCGGAUUAUUUGAUCUUUGAUCCGUCGAACCCGUUUCUUAGAGAGGUCCCGAGGGUUCCUCUACAAGUCCUCUAUGGCACGAAGCUCAGCGACGUUACCAACCCCGCGCUUUCACUCGUUUCCUCAAUUGAAGGCGAAAUCGAAAACGUUUACGUUCCGAUUUUCGACUGGCCCUACACCGGACCGUCCACACUUCCCUUUCAGCUUGGCCUCCCCUGGAAGACCCGAUACAUCAGGGCUGCUCCAGCUGCUAAACCCCAGCCACAUAUGCGCUACCUAAAGCAAUACUUCCGGCGGGAGUACGGAGCGGACUCGAGCCGGUGGUCUUCAACUGAGGACAAUAAUUGUGUAACCAUGAUCGUCUUAGCCAUCGGCAAGGACCGCGUUGUUCACAAGGAACACGUCGUCGCCUUCAACAAGUAUCUUGAUUUCUCCCUCAAGAGAAAGAUCGUUCCCUCGCGGGACGGCUUCAUGGACUACUGGCAAAAGCACCGGAGAGUUCUUUUGCUGAGGGACAACGUGAACUACCUUGAUACGCCCUACCACGGGCCCCCACGCUUCGAGGAGCUCGUGCGUUACGAUGGUGAGGACGAACGUUACCGCAAAGCCAUGAUGAACCUUCUUGGUUAUUUUGCUUCCAAAGGUUGGAAGAUGGCUGUUAGAGAGGAGAACGGUGUCCUCGUUCCCGACGACGUCGUCGCACCUUUCGACGUAGAGGGUGACUGGGAGUUCACUGAGGAUCUCAAAGUGAAGACCGAGCUUCCAUAUCAGACUUAA